AUGACAUUUGAGUCUGAAAAGUUUACAAUGUCAAAACACUCUCACAGGCCACAUUGGAGAUUCGAUGUACCAUCAUCGAAUGCCAAACGCCACCUUCCAAGUUCCAACCCCCUUCUCCUCUCUAUAAAUAAACCCUCCUUCUCAAUUUUUCAUAAACCUCGAUUCCUCCGCUUCAUUGCAUUUCUCUCCCGUCACAAAAUGUCGGCCAUCAGACUUACUACCCCAACCACCAUCAUAACCACACCGAAAACCUCCACCACUCCCAGCGCUUUCCUAAAAUCCCCCUCCACUCUUCCAUCAAUCAAGAGCGUCUCAAAAGCUUUUGGCUUGAAAUCAGGGUCGUCUUUCAGGACAACAGCCAUGGCGACAUACAAAGUCAAGCUAGUUGGACCAGAUGGAGAAGAGAAUGAAUUUGAAGCACCUGAUGAUUGUUACAUUCUUGAUUCAGCUGAAAACGCUGGAAUUGAACUGCCAUAUUCUUGCAGAGCUGGAGCGUGUUCAACCUGUGCUGGAAAGAUGGCUACUGGAUGUGUUGACCAGUCUGAUGGGUCUUUUCUUGAUGAUAAUCAAAUGAAAGAGGGAUACUUGUUGACUUGUAUUUCUUACCCUACUUCUGAUUGUGUGAUUCAUACACACAAAGAAGGGUUUCCAGAUGAACAAGCUAUGGUGGAGGAAGCAGAAAAAAUAUCGGAUAGCUUUUCAAGUUGCUUUUGGUUGGAACUGCACAAUUGGUGCGAGUUCCAACGAUGUUGGGUUUUGCAGAAGGUUUCAGUAGAGAAAAAAGCUUGGGAGGUUGAGAAAAGGUGAUUGUGUCUGCAAAAGAUUACACCACCAACAAUAUUGUUGAAGGGAAGGAUACUGCUAUUGGAAAAAUGGAGAAGAUGCGGUUGAAAUUUAAUUUUCUUAUAUGUGGAAAAUGAUAUGGCUUACAUUUUACCGGGUUACCCGAUCAUUUCUUCAAUAAUGACUUUUUAAAACCAUUGAUAAUCUACUUCAUUCCCCUUAUGUACAAAAAAAUAAAUUUG